UUCUCUCUCCCAUUUGAAAAACCUCGUUUCUUUUAGCUUUUGGAUGUGUGUAUUCAGCUGCGUAGAUUGCUGUCUGUUGAGAAAUCGCCAACUUUAAUGCGAUUUUACCGAAAUUUUUUACGGAUUCGGAAUAUUUGUAGCGUUAAUUGUGAAUCUGCAGACUGUAGCUGUUUUUCGUCUCAGUGGGUUUGAAGAAGGUUACUCCACCCCAGCUAAAUAGAAUUUGAAGGCAUGGCAAAAGUUAGAGAUAGAACUGAGGAUUUGAAGGAUGCUGCACGCCGAGCUGCGCUGAAUUUGGGAUACGAUGAGUCCAAAAUUGCGACUAUAAUGGCGUCUUUUAUCAUGCAUAAAUCUUUGGAAAGAUCAUCUUUCACCAAAGCUGCACUAACAACGCUUGAAAGUAUUAGAGCUUUAGAGCAGUUCCUGUUGAAGCAUAAGAAAGAUUACAUAGAUGUGCACCGUAUUACUGAACAAGAGAGAGAUGGCAUUGAGCAUGAGGUUACAGUUUUCAUCAAAGCCUGCAAAGAGCAAAUUGAUGUUCUCAAGAAUCGCAUAAAUGACGAGGAAGCAAAUUCAAAGGGAUGGCUUGGUUUAAGGAGCGACAAUUUGAAUGCCGAUACCAUAGCUCAUAAACAUGGAGUGGUAUUGAUCUUAAGUGAAAAACUUCAUUCAGUAACUUCACAAUUUGAUCAGCUCCGAGCUGUGCGUUUCCGAGAUGCUAUCAACCGGGCGACACCCAGAAGAAAAGUAAAGCAGAGCAACCCCACUGCCGUCACAGAGAGCUCGACUUCCGGAUAUACUGAGCCCAGCGAAGUAAACAAUUCGGAUGUCAGGCGGACAGAUGAUGUUCAAGCAGAGCCGAUUAGGUUCCAGAAACAGCAGUUAGAUGAUGAGACACGUGCCCUUCAGGUAGAGUUGGCCAGCAUGUUAGACGCUGUUCGAGAUACUGAGACGAAGAUGGUGGAAAUGUCUGCACUGAACCACCUCAUGUCUACUCAUGUUUUGCAACAGGCCCAACAGAUAGAAUUUUUGUAUGAGCAGGCAGUUGAGGCUACGCAUAAUGUGGAGCUUGGUAAUAAGGAGCUAUCACAAGCCAUACAAAGGAAUAGCAGUAGCAGAACAUUUCUUUUACUCUUUUUAUUUGUUCUUACCUUUUCAGUUCUGUUUCUUGAUUGGUAUAGUUGAUAGGUUUUUUUUGUUUUGUUUUUUUUUUGAGCGGAUAGUCGACAGAGUAUUGAUUAUGCAUGUUAUACGAAAAUUAAAGAAUUUUAAAAUUGCAAAGACAGAUCAGUUUACAGGUGA